AAACUCCGGGCAGCAGUUUAACUAAACGUGGGUAGCAAACACGAGAGCAGCGAACUAGUGGAGCUAACUGUCAACCGGUGGAUAUAAAGCUGCUCUCUGUUGUGGUUUAAACGUUGGUAAGCUGUAAGAACAAACCGCCGUGUGUCUCCGUAAAUAGGGCUACUUUCUGCUCGUCUGACGGUGACUUUGCGUGGUCGCAGCGGGACGACAUGCGGUGACUGCUCGGUGUCCUCAGCGGUGAUGUUGCCCUCCGCCGGCGGCUCGGUCCGGUCGGCUGUCAGGCUGCUGGCUCGGCGGACCUGGAGUGGAGGACGUAUCUGGUUCCCAUGCAGAAGCAUUUCUGUGAAACCAGGAAGUCUGAAGCCAAAGACGAUUCCACCUCGAUACCUUGGCCAACCCAGCCCUUUCACUCAUCCACACCUCAUCAAACAUGGGGAGGUGAGUCCUGGUUUGAGCCAGACUGAAUACGAGCUCCGCAGGUACCGGCUGGCCUCACUUAUCGAGGCCCAGGCAGACAGGCUGGGACCUUCUGCCUCCUCUGGCACCCAUGUGGUCAUCGUCUUAUCCCAUCCAACUCGCUACAUGACCAACGACAUCCCUUAUCCCUUCCACCAGAACCAGGACUUCUUCUACCUCAGCGGCUUCCUAGAGCCUGACAGUGCCUUGGUUCUUUAUGGGAAAAAUCGACCGGACCAGGCCAUCCUGUUUGUUCCCCGCAGAGAUCCAGGAAGAGAACUGUGGGACGGGCCGCGGUCUGGGAAGGAUGGGGCAGCAGCUUUGACCGGCAUAGAGAGAGUUCAUAGCACAGAAGAACUAGGUGUUGUACUCAAGAGCCUUAAAGGUACUCAGCUGUGGUACGAUGGUUCGCAGCCCGCACACCCUCGGCUCCACCAGGCUCACGUGGGCCCCAUCCUGGAGGCGGGGCCAACACCGCGGACUCUCAAACCCCUCAUACAUUCUCUCAGGGCCCUCAAGAGCUCAGCAGAGGUGGCCCUCAUGCAGGAAGCGGGUCGCAUCACAGCACAGGCUUUUAGGAGGACGAUGGCUCUGUCUCGAGGGGAAGUGGAUGAAGCUGUGCUCUUUGCUAAGUUUGAUUUUGAGAAUCGGAUCCAUGGUGCCAACUUCCUGGCCUAUCCCCCCGUGGUUGCUGGAGGGAAUCGAGCUAACACUCUGCACUACAUAAACAACAACCAGAUUAUCAAGGAUGGUGAAAUGGUUCUGCUUGAUGGUGGUUGUGAAUACUUUGGCUAUGUAAGUGAUAUCACACGAACAUGGCCAGUGAAUGGAAGAUUCAGUCCUGCCCAGGCUGAGCUGUAUGAGGCCGUGCUUGAGGUCCAGCGCUCCUGUUUGUCUCUGUGUUCGCCAGGCGUUAGUCUAGAUCACAUCUACAGUACCAUGCUGGCUCUGUUGGGACGACAGCUCAAGCGGCUCGGCAUCCUCAAGGCUAGUACCAGUGAUGCUGAUGUGCUGAAGGCUGCAAGGCGGUAUUGUCCCCACCAUGUUGGCCAUUACCUGGGCAUGGAUGUCCACGACACUCCCGAGCUAUCCCGCUCACAACCUCUCCAGCCAGGAAUGGUCAUCACUGUAGAACCAGGGUUGUACAUCUGUGAAGACAACGACCAGGCGCCACGGCAUUUCCGUGGUCUGGGUGUCAGGAUUGAGGACGAUGUGGUGAUCCAAGAAAAAGGAGGACCUCUGGUUCUGUCCUCUGAUACGCCAAAGACCAUCGCUGAUGUGGAGCAGGCCUGUGCCCAGAGAUAGGACACGGAGAAACAGACAAGUGGCCAAGUGAGCCACAGCAGUGAUUGUGAUGUCAUCAAGCUCAGGGCCCAGGUACAAAAACAUAGAAGCUGUAAAGCUUCAGUUUUUGUCAGAGCAAGACGCCUCUACUGCCUAAUUACAUGUUUAAAGACACCAUUAUAGGUGGUUUCAUGUUUGUUAUCUUUAACAGUAAAGUUAGUAGUUGUUAACAGGAGUACAUGAAGUCAGUCUUUGAAAUAUUUUAUUCAUAAGAACAUAAUCAAAAUUCCAAGACAACUAACCAAACAGGAAAACUUCAAAUAAUGCAGGUUUAGUUGUGCAUUAACAUUGGAGCUUUGGAGCCUAAUGCACACAUAUACACUGUAGCUGACGUGUUCCUCCUUGUGAUAGUGACAACAGAGAGUGAAAUUCAACACUAAUUAGUAAAUUAAAACUUAGAAAAAAAAGCUAUUUAUUGCCCCAUUAUCGUGUUUUUCUUAAUUGCCACCAUCAGUGGCACACCAGGUAAUUUAUAUUUCUUAUUUUCACUCUUAAAAAGGCACCAUUCUUUGCCAGCUCACGCUACACUACAUUAGAUCAAAACACCACUUACUAAACAUGAACUUACUGUGCUGUCUGGUGAGCAGAAAGAAAGGGAAAAUGUUAAAUUAUCAAACACACAAAUGAUGCAUAAAGAGGGAUCUGCCUGAAACAGCUGCUCCUGAUAAACCUGGAAUAAUGGGAAUGACUGCAGCAGUUUGUAGAAGUGUGAAAAAGUGUGCACUGAGUAGACAUUGACUGUGUUGUUGUGAAUGUGUGUUGGAAUUAUGUCUUUUCAACUGAGAGAAUAAAUUUGAUCUCUCAAAGUAAAUUGUGUUUAUAUGUUUUAAAAAGAUCUCAAUAUUCUUUCAUACCUAAUAAAUCCAGAUGGUUUGA